UGUAUCUUCCUGUAAGCAGCUAAAGAUCUUUGUUUGUUUAGACCUCCUCUUUCUCUUUUUCUCCUGUCCUGGUCUCCUAGUCAUGGCUGAAACUGAUGGCAAACCUCGUGUAUUAGUAACUGGAGGCGUUGGAUUUGUGGGUAGGAAUUUCGUCCAGUUUCUUGUUGAGAACAAUUUAGCUUCAAAGAUAAGAGUCAUUGAUAAAGUCCCGCCAAGCACUGGCUGGUUGAAUGAUAAACACAAGGAAAUAUUCAAAUCUGUUGAUUUCUGUCAGGCUAAUCUUUCCAAUCCUUCAUCCUGUCAGAGGUUGUUCAAGGAUUCAAACGGUCUUGGGUUCGAUUAUGUUUUUAAUUUAGCAGCUGAAACUAAAUACGGACAGACAGAGGAGGUGUACAAGGAGCUGGUUUAUAAUGUCAGUGUUAAUUGCGCCAGAGAAGCAGCUGCCACUGGAGUCAAGAGAUUUAUUGAAGUAUCUACUGCUCAAGUCUACAACAGUGACAAGGGAAUCAGCUCUGAGGAUAGUAAAGUUGAUCCGUGGACAUUAAUCGGAAAACAUAAACUGGAGGCAGAGAAAUCCCUAGCUACUAUACCAGAUUUGAAGUAUGUAAUACUGAGACCAGCCAUAGUCUAUGGGAUUGGAGACAAAUAUGGAAUAACUCCUAGACUGAUAAUUGGUGCUGUUUAUAGACAGCUUAAAGAAAAAAUGGAGCUGCUCUGGACCAAAGACUUGAGAAUGGACACUGUCCAUGUUCAUGACUUGAGUAGAGCAAUGUGGCACAUUAAGGACACUGGGGCCAAUGGAGAGAUAUAUAAUGUGGUGGAUCAAGGACACUCAACUCAAGGAAGUAUAUCAGAAUUAGUAUCGACCAUAUUUGGUAUCCGAUACGGUUACCAUGGUACCGUCCUGUCUAACCUGGCGAGACUGAACAUGACUGAUGUGGUUGAUGGUUCCAAUGAGAAGCACCUGGGCCCAUGGUCUGAGGCUUGCAAUGAAUGCGGUAUCGUUAAUACUCCUCUCACACCUUACCUGGAUAAGGAGCUCCUCUACAAUAAACAUCUUCACAUCAAUGGAUCAAAGCUGGAAAAAACUGGAUUCACCUUUGAACAUCCAAAGAUGACAGCUGAAGGAUUGAAACAAGUUGUUGAUGAUUAUGUUGGUUCUGGUCUGUUCCCCCCAUCUCUAGCAGCAGCAGCAGCAUCCAGUGAAGACUAGUUAUUAAUAGUUAUGAACUGGUUAUUAAUAGUUAUUAAACAUCAUUAUUAGUUUUCAUUAUUUUUAAUUCAUGGUCUGUCAUUUUUGUAGUAUUCAAAUGUUAAAUGAAGAGAGUACAUCAAUAUCAUGUUUCAAUA